AUGCACCCCCUCAAACUCCUCCUCCCCUGCCUCCCCUGCCUCUCUUACACCCACGCAACACCCUUCAGUUUCAACCCCUCCACAGUAUCAUGGCACACCGCCCCGGCCACAAACUUCACCACCACCCUCCCUAUCGGCAACGGCCGCCUCGGCGCCGCCGUCUGGGGCGGCCCGGCCAUCGAGAACAUCACCCUGAACGAGGACUCCCUGUGGAACGGCUCGUUCGUCGACCGCGUCAACCCGCACGCCUACGGGGCGUUGGCACCCGUGCGGCAACUGCUCGCUGGUGGCGACAUCACCGCCGCGGGCCAGCGCACGCUGCGCGAUAUGGCGGGGGUUCCGGCGUUGCCGCAGUCGUAUAGUGCGUUAGGGGCGCUGCAGUUGGAUUUUGGGUUCGGGGAGGGCGAGGUGGGGAAUUAUACGAGGGCGUUGGAUUUAAGGACGGGGGCUGUGGCGGUUGAGUUUGAGGUUUCUGGGGUUGCGUUUCGGCGCGAGUAUGUGGUCAGUUAUCCAGAUGAUGUCCUUGCGGUCCGGCUUUCGAGUAGUCAGCCUGGGGCGUUGGAUGUCGUUUGUUCGUUGGAACGCGCGGUGUUUGUGGUUGAGAGGAGUGCGAAUGUGGAUAGUGAUGGGGUAGGGAGGUUGGUUUUGAAGGCGAAUUCGCUGGAGGAAGAGAGGGGGCCUAUUCGGGUUGCUUCUGAGGCAAGGAUCGUGGCGUCUGGAGGGCAAAUUGAUGCCAACGGGACCUCCAUUGUCGUGCAGGGCGCCUCGACGGUGGAUAUCUUCUUCGACGCGGAGACCUCCUACCGAUACCCAUCUGCGAGUCAGCGCGAGGCGGUGCUCGAGCAGAAACUGCAGAAUGCGGUCAAACGGGGAUUUGAAACUGUGGAGCAUAAUGCUGUCUCCGACUACGCUGCACUAUCGACGCGAGUGGACUUGGACCUCGGGUCCUCCGGCGCCAGUGGCAGCCUGCCGACGGAUACGCGAUUGCUGAACUAUCGGCACAGUCCUGACAGCGAUCCAGAACUGGUGACACUCAUGUUCCACUUCGGCCGACACUGUCUGAUCGCCUCAUCGCGCCGCAGCAUCAACGCCUCAUCCUCAUCGCCCAGCCUCCCCGCCAACCUGCAGGGACUGUGGAAUCAAGACUACGACCCCGCGUGGGGCGGCCGCUUCACCCUGGACAUCAACCUCGAAAUGAACUACUGGCCGGCCCAGGUGACCAACCUAGCCGAGACCUUCACCCCCUUCCUCGAUCUGAUGGACAUCAUCCUCCCGCGGGGCCAGGCCGUGGCGCGCAGCAUGUACCACUGCGACAACGGGGGGUACGUGCUGCACCACAACACCGACCUCUGGGGGGACGCAGCCCCCGUCGACAACGGGACCACCUGGACCAUGUGGCCCAUGGGCGGCGCCUGGCUGUCUGCCAAUCUGAUGGACCACUACCGCUUCAUUCAGGACACCACCCUGCUCCGCGACCGCAUCUGGCCCUUACUGCGCAGCGCCGCCCAGUUCUACGAGUGCUACCUCUUCCCCUUCGAGGGCUACCUGAGCACAGGACCCUCCAUCUCCCCCGAAGCAGCUUUCCUCGUCCCAGACAAUAUGUCUGUGGCCGGCAGCGCCGAGGGCAUCGACAUCGCCCCCACAAUGGACAACGCCCUGCUAUACGCGCUCUUCCACUCCGUCCUCGAAACCUGCACCAUCCUCCGGCUGUCGUCGAGCGAAUGCACUCGCGCCAACCAGACCUUGGCCCGCAUCGAACCCCCCCAGAUCUCCCCCGCAGGCCGCAUCAUGGAAUGGCGGCUCGAUUACGAGGAACAGGACCCCGGCCACCGCCACAUGAGCCCCAUCGUGGGCCUCUACCCGCUCUCCCAGCUCACACCGCUGGUCAAUACAACCCUCGCGGCCGCCGCAAAAGCGUUCCUGGAUUGGCGGAUUGACAGCGGCAGCGGGAGCACCGGGUGGUCCCGCACGUGGACGAUGAGCCUGUAUGCCCGACUGUUCGACGGCGCGGCCGUCUGGAACAAUACCCAGAUCUAUUUGCAGACGUUCGUCAGUCCCAAUCUGUGGAAUACGGACUCCGGGCCCGAUACAGUGUUCCAGAUUGAUGGCAAUUUCGCGUUCACGGCGGCCAUUGCCGAGAUGUUGGUGCAGAGUCAUGCGGGCGUGGUGCACUUGUUGCCCGCGUUGGCGGGGAAGGUGGCGACGGGGUCGGUGAGGGGGUUGGUGGCGCGUGGGGGGUUUGUGGUCGAUAUUGACUGGGAGGACGGAGGUCUGAAGGAGGCGAGGAUUGUUUCGAGGAGUGGAGGGGCGUUGAGAGUUAGGGUGCAGGAUGGUAAGGUGUUUAGGGUCAAUGGGGUGGUUUAUACGGGGCCAGUGGAGACUGUUGUUGGGGGCGUUUAUGUGGUUACCUCUGUGUAG